UGCAGUAACUUCUCUUAACACUAAGAUUUUAUUCAACAGGAUCUUUUAUAAUAUCUGCAGGUGGUUUUGCUGGAGUAAGCACUACUAGUGCCCACAGAAUUAUUCAUCGUGUUACGAACGCAAUUGCCAGACUUCAAGCAGGUUUUAUGAAAUUUCCUACUACAAAUAAUGAAAUAAAAAAACAACAAUUGGAAUUUUAUAAAAUCUUUCGAUUUCCUAGAGUUGUAGGUUGUAUAGAUUGUACACAUGUUCGAGUUCAAUCGUUUGGUACUGAAAAUGCAGAACUAUUUAGAAAUAGAAAGGGAUAUUUUUCUUUGAACGUGCAAGUUGUGACCAAUAGUAAUUUAGAAAUUACUGAUAUAGUAGCUCGAUGACCUGGAUCAACACA